AUGGCGCAACAUCAGUUGCAUGUACGAUCAGCAGAACUGGAGAAGGCACUCCCAAUAUACGGCUACUAUGCCAUAUACUGGGCGGUGACUGUCCCCGCCAUAUCUCUAAUGAUAUUCCGGCUGUGGAUCCGCUGGCAGAAACAUGGGUCCCUCUAUAUCGAUGACCUAUUCGUCUUCUUUGCCGGCUUUUUCUGUCUCGUUAUUGCGGUGAUGCAUACCCUCUUUACGCCGUAUAUAUUCGACAUCAUGGAAGCACAGGCGGGGCUAGUGACGCCGGAUGCGGAGUGGAUGAAGAGGAUCCAUCUGUAUCUGAAGAUGCAGUGGGCAACGAUAUUCAUUUUUUGGCAGCUGUUGUGGUCAGUCAAGUUCUCAUUGCUGCUGUUCUUUAGAAGGUUGAUGGAUGGAAUCGAUGGAAUGAUGAAGUGGUGGUGGGCCGUGGUCUGCCUGAACAUUAUAUUCUGGAUAUCAGUUAUGCUGUCCCAGUUUGUCAAUUGCCGUCCAUUUUCAUCUUCCUUCAAGCUUGGACCAGAGGCCUGUAGUACCCGCCAGCCUGCAGCACCAUGGGAGGCAAUGAUUUAUGCCAUGGUAGCAGAUGUCAUUACGGAUAUUAUGAUCAUGGCCCUCCCACUCCGUCUCAUCAUCAACCUAAAGAUAUCGGCAAGACAGAAGUUUGGCCUUGUCAUCAUCUUCUCCCUCGGCCUGCUCUGUAUUGCAUUCGCUCUAAUCAGGGCUCUUCUCAGCUCCGUCGGCGACUCGAUAUCACCUAUCUGGCUCACAACCUGGACGCAAGUCGAAGGCUCUGUAGCUGUCGUUGUAGCCUGUCUCCCAGCCCUCCGGGGACUCCUUCGGAAAAACUAUGGCAGCACGGGUGGGGAGGAAUACAUGACCGGUGGUGGUGGCGCUGUGCGGGAUCCCACAUUCAGCUAG